UAUAAUUUUACAAGAUUAAACAUAAAAUUAUAUAAAUGAAGAUUUUUUUACCGGGAAAAACACGCGUCUUCGCGCUCGGCAGAGAGCGGAACGUUGAUAAGGCAAGCUUCCUUAUUCAUUACCGUUCCUAUCACUUGUGUUUUUCAGUUAGCAUACAAUUACCUGUGCAAAAUGUCGAAUUUUUCAUUUGAAUCAAUGAUCGUGUGUCCCGUUUACUGGUGUAGAGGUUAUGUGACUAUUUAACGGACUCCGAAGAUAACCGAAAAACGCCCAAUUUAAAGGAGAUAAUCGACGGUCGGAAAUUUGGAAAAAACAACCGAAUGGAAACCGUAAUUUGCAACUCCUCCACGAGAGGUUUCUGUAAUCGACUCUUUGAAUUGGUCACGCUGUUGCUACCGAGGGCGUUUUGUCGCACAUGCGUGUUGAACAUGGUCCCAAUGAAGUAUUGGAUUCGUGAAAAAAGGGUCUUCGGGUUGGACGCAUCCAAGGCUGAUAUUAUAGUCAUAUUAUUAAAGACUAUAUUAAAGACCGUCUUAGGUUCAUCUUCAGACGCUUCAUAGCCACACAGCGUUUGAAAAUGAAUUUAAGACCAUCUUAAAUAUAAAAUCAAAUCAUGAAGAGGUCUGAAAGUUGUUUGAAUAUGACUGCGUUAUAUGUAAAAAUACUAUUAGUAAAUAUAUUUGUUAAUACCGAUUGGUCUAUUUACCUGAUCUACCAGGUUUGGAUCCAUCAAAACAUUUGCGUCCAUGCCCGCGUGCAUCGCGUACGUCGCUGGAUUGGCUGCCAACGCUGAUUGGUCGUUCCUCUUCUAAUAUUAUUUCGGAAGUUUUGAGUUUAUCCGCGCGCCGAACAGUGCAGGACGGUCAUCUGAACAGAGAGCGGAUUGUUUUGCAGCGAGUUUAUUAUUUUUGCUCCUCGCAGGAGUGUCAUUGUCCCUGUUCGAGGUCGUGAUACUGCGUUACGAAGUAAAUUCCGCUGACUUCCCGGUUCUUUCUUUCUCUCUCUUAUCGUCUGCUUGCAUAAAAUGAGCUACAGAUCGAAUAAAAGGCAAUACGAGGAUCAUGGCAGGAGGGAAAGAGACAGGACGUUUCAAAGACACAAUGACAGAUUCUCCGGAGAUUUCGGGAAUAAUGACUCGAAUGCACAAAAUUACAAUGACAGAGGUCACGAUGCAGCAACAACAAGUAUGAUGAUAUUCAUUCAGCAAAGAAAUCUUGGCAAGCUUAUCGGACGAGGUGGAAGUCAAAUCAGAGCUUUGCAAGAAGAGACCCGCACUAAGAUUACUAUUGACAGGAACGCAGGCUCCUAUGAGCAAGCUUCUGUGACGAUACAUGGUACAAGGGCAGAUCAGCAACAAGCUUGGAAUGCAAUUAAGGAUUUAGUAGGAGGUGGGACUUCCUCACAGAAAGAUAAUUCUGUGCCGAAAACAGAAGAAGUGAUUGACUUUACUAAUUUUGACUGGUCCAAGGCUACUAAAGAAUGCGAAGAAUAUCAGAAGCAAGUAUGGGCUACUCUGCCACCGAUCAGAAAGGAUUUUUACAAGGAAGAUUCGCAUGUUACCAAUAUGUCAAAGAAGUAUGUGGCUGAUUUAAGGAAGAAUAACAAUAAUAUAGAAGUUAAACAUGUUUUUGAGAAUGAGGAAAACUCAGCCGACGAGAUGAAAAUACCAAAUCCUGUCGAAACUUUUGAACAAGCUUUUAAGGAUUAUCCAGAUAUCUUAGAAGAAAUACGAAAGCAAGGAUUUCAGAAACCAAGUCCUAUACAGUGUCAGGCGUGGCCUAUUCUUCUGAGUGGCCGAGAUCUCAUUGGAAUAGCGCAAACUGGGACAGGAAAGACUCUUGCCUUCUUGCUGCCAGCUCUCAUCCACAUUGAUGGACAAGCGACUCCGCGAACGGAGCGCACAGGGCCGAAUGUCCUCGUUAUGGCGCCGACGAGGGAGCUAGCGCUGCAAAUUGAAAAGGAAGUAGGAAAGUACUCGUAUCACGGCAUUAAAGCAGUAUGUGUGUACGGCGGUGGAAAUCGCAAGGAGCAGAUUAACGUUGUGACAAGCGGCGUGCAAAUAGUGAUUGCCACCCCCGGAAGAUUGAACGACUUGGUGCAGGCGAAAGUCUUGGACGUGUCGGCCGUAACAUACCUUAUUCUCGACGAAGCAGAUCGUAUGCUGGAUAUGGGUUUCGAGCCGCAAAUUCGUAAGACUUUGUUGGACGUACGACCCGACAGGCAAACCGUCAUGACGAGCGCUACGUGGCCUCAAGGUGUGAGACGCUUGGCUCAAUCGUACAUGAAAAAUCCGCUCCAAGUGUUCGUUGGAUCGCUCGAUUUAGCCGCGGUACAUACCGUAACGCAAAGAGUCUAUUUGAUCGAUGAAGAAGAGAAGAAAGAUAUGAUGCUUCAUUUUUUUCAAGAAAUGGGCCCCAACGACAAGGUGAUCGUGUUCUUUGGUAAGAAGGCGAUGGUCGAUCAUAUCUCGAGCGAUUUGGCUCUAUCAGGUAUCCAUUGCCAGAGCAUUCACGGCGACAGGGAACAAUGUGACAGGGAACAAGCGUUGGAGGACAUGAAGACCGGAUAUGUUCAUAUUCUUCUCGCAACAGACGUGGCUAGCCGAGGGCUUGACAUUGAAGAUAUCACGCAUGUACUAAACUACGACUUCCCACGAGACAUAGAAGAGUAUGUUCAUAGAGUCGGACGUACCGGACGUGCGGGUCGUACGGGCGAAAGUAUCACUUUCAUGACGAGAAAAGACUGGUCUCACGCUAAGGAACUUAUGAACAUUCUCGAGGAAGCUGAUCAAGAGGUGCCCGAGGAAUUGUAUAAAAUGGCCGAGAGAUACGAAGCCUGGAAGAAAAAAGCGGAAUUAGAGGGUAGAGGCAGAGGAGGUUUCAGAGGAGGUCGCAAUCGUUACAGAGAUGGUUUGUAAAACUUGUCUGAUUAAUAAUG